CCCUGUUUUUAACACAGAUUUGGUUUUGUUUUUUGUCCUAGUGUGUGCUGUAAAAUAUAUAUAAAAUCUGUCUUUUGAGUCGCUGUAAAUCACCAACUUUUUGACCUGCUGUGUGACUCUUUUUCUGUGUUCCUGUUCAUUCUUGCUCUUCGUGAAUAAAGCAGCUCUGUCUUCUAUUGGCUCGCUGCUCUGACCGGUGACCAAUCACAGGCCGUCGUUGUUAAUAAAGCCUUGGUGUGGAGUCGUCCGUCAGCUGGUCUCCUCAGGUGAGUCUGGAGCUGGUUCUUCUUCGUCACGGACGGACUCGCAUCACCAUGGCGCCGCUGUCCCUCCAGUCCGGGGUGAGGUACGCCAGAGCUCUGCUGCCGGAGACUCUGCUGAGGUCGGUGUCAUCAGUCCAGACGUCCAUCUCUCGGCACAUCCUGUCCCCGGCUCAGCCUCGCUGCUUCACGGUGUGCAGCCAGAGCCGGAGGCGGCGGCGGAGCCUGGCGGCCUCCUCUGUGGACGAGCUGCUGGAGCAGGUUGCCGCGGUGUUUGUGCUGUCCUGCCACUUUCUGACCCUGGUCCUGGAGGAGGACGGGACGGUGGUGGACUCGGAGGACUUCUUCCGGUCUCUGCCCAGCAACACGCCGCUGAUGGUGCUGGAGAAAGGAGAGAUGUGGACGCAGAACAAGAUCUUACCGAGCUUCCGUCAGCCGAAGAGGAAUGGGAUCGCUAAGCUGACCUUUGACCUCUACAAGCUGCACCCUAAAGACUUCCUGUGCUGCUUCGGCAUCAAGGCCACUGUGUAUGAGAUGUACACGCUGUCCUACGACUUCAGGUGCACCACAGUGAAACAGGUGCUCAGGUUGGUGCUGCGCUGCUUCACCUACCUGACCAGACUGGCAGGUCAGCUGCUGCUCUGCACAUCCUCCUCCUUACUGCAGUUCACCGGAGACGACGACUGCUAGUGUGUGUGUUCAUUUAACGGCUCACACACUCCGUUUGUUCCAAGAUGCAGCUGAUGAAUCUGCUCCAUCAGACUGAGAUGGUUUUAUUCACAUUGAAUCAUGUUUUAACCGUCUGAAUGUCUGUAGUUUCUGUGUUUAGACGUUUUAUCUUUGUAAAGCUGUAAAAUAGAUGAAAAAUGUUGCUGCUGUAAAUCAAACGUAUAAAUAAAGAUUGUUUUUCUAGUUUA